AUGACUGUUUCAGCGUGUCUAAUGUGUCUCGAAGGCUCCGACUGUGAAAAAGAAGCGAGUUGUGAGGAAUGUUCUGGGGUCGCAUGCACUCGAAUCACCUCCUUCAAUCUGGAAGACAAUAAGGAAGUGGCGCUCACAUGUAUACCAUACGACACUCGGUUAGUUCCCCUUAGGAUUUAUUCAAAUAAUGUUACUAUGUUUUUACUAUAA